GUUCCCACCACUGCCGACGGCGCGUUCGUUCUUUUCGCCUUCUUUUCCUCCUCUUCCUCUUCUUCUUCUUCUUCUUCUUCUUCUUCUUCCACUGCGCUCUCGCACCGCCUCGGCCUUCCUCUUUCUGCUUCUCGACCCUCCAAAAGAAGAAUAAUCGAAUUUUAGUCCCUGUCCUCGUCUCCGGCUUCCUGUUUGGAGAUCACUAAGCGAGUCGGUGCGUGUCUUCUCCCUUUUAGCAUUCGCGUCCGCCUCCAUCGCUCGCUCUUCUAUCAUUAGGGUUAGGGUUUUGGGAACGGAUGGAGAGGAAACAAGGGUUCUUCUCGGCGCUGCGGGAGGAGGUGGCGCGGGGGCUGUCGCCGGGGAGGUCGAGGUCGGAGAACCCGUCGACGGUGGCGGAGCUGCUCCUCCCUCGACGGUGGAGACGCCAGCCGCCGCGGGGGUUUCCGGAUGAGUUGUUGGUCCCGGCGUCCGGGAGCCUGGCGCCGCUGGCGGAGGGGCCGGAGGGGGAUGACUUGGGGCGCAGGAAGGAAGGGUGGGGGCGGUGGGUGAAGGGGCAGCUCUCUCGUGCCCCAUCCGCCUCCUGCCGUAGCUCGGAUCUCCGCUUCCUCCUCGGCGUCAUGGGGGCGCCUCUGGCCCCCGUCCACGUCUCCCCCACCAACUCGCUCCCUCCACUCAGCAUCAAGGACACUCCCAUUGAAACAUCGACAGCUCAAUACAUACUACAGCAGUACACAGCGGCAACAGGUGGGCUGAAGCUUCUGAGCUCCAUCAGAAAUUCAUAUGCAAUGGGGAAGGUGACGAUGGUGGUAUCCGAGUUUGAAACGGCGUCUAGGGUCAUCAAAAAUCGCUGUUCACCCAAGGAUGCAGAGUCUGGUGGAUUUGUCCUCUGGCAGAUGGCACCGGACAUGUGGUACGUCGAACUUGCCAUCGGUGGCAGCAAGGUCCAUGCUGGUUGCAAUGGCAAGCUUGUUUGGCGCCACACUCCCUGGCUUGGUGCCCAUGCUGCCACGGGCUCUGUUCGACCCCUCCGUCGAGCACUCCAGGGUCUUGAUCCUUUGGCCGUCGUGAACGUGUUUGCUGAUGCACAGUGCAUUGGGGAGACGAAGAUCGAUGGAGAAGAUUGCUUCAUCCUCAAGCUCUGUGCAGAUCCACAGACACUGAAGGCUAGGAGUGAAGGUUCUGUAGAGAUCAUUAGGCAUGUCUUCUUUGGUUACUUCAGCCAGAAGACUGGGCUUCUUACUUGUAUGGAAGACUCACAUCUCACUCGAAUCCAGUCGAGUGCUGGAGGUGAUGCUGUGUAUUGGGAGACCACCAUCAACUCCAGAAUUCAUGACUACCGCCCUGUUGAGGGCAUGAUGAUCGCCCAUUCAGGGCAUUCGGUGGUCACCCUUUUCCGGUUUGGUGAAGUGGCCAUGAGCCAUACAAAGACAAGAAUGGAGGAAGCUUGGAGCAUCGAAGAAGUAGCCUUUAAUGUCCCAGGUCUCUCGAUGGACUGUUUCAUUCCUCCAGCUGAUGUAAAAAAAGAUGGAUCAGUCAGUGAAGCCCGUGAGCUACCACCUCAAGCAGAGAGGGGGAGAAGCACCAUGGCUGGAAGUCACAGGGCUAAAGUUGCAGCGCUGGAGAAGUCACAUGAUGUUUCUGAUGAUAACAUCUGGUGGAGGGUGGAGGUCUAAUGCUAAGGAAGUGAACUCAAUUUGUCGAUAAUCGCAGCUAUUUUUCUUAAUCAGACUAACUCAGCAUAAACUGGAGGUAAGCAGCUAACUUUAGGGGGGGAUUUGGAGUCUGCUACUUUUAAUAAUCCUGUGUAAGUAGGAGCAUAAUUAUUCAUGGAUCUGCCACCUGCACGCUUAAGGUGAUGCUUAUAGCGUUAGUACAGAAUUCUUGAAGCUUUCCCGGUUUGGUUACUUUGUGUUGUCAUAAUUAUGGGCUGCCCUGCCCCCUUCAUGCACAGCAACAGGAAAGCUGGCUGUUUGUAACAAGACUUUCUUUUCAUAUUCAUGUGUGUUUAUUUGUUUGUUGGGUUGGUGUCAAAACUGUGGAGUAUGAAGAAAGCUAGUAGAUGUAACUUCAGAUUGGAUCCGAGGUCGGGAGCCUACUUUUCCUUAACCUACUGCAAUCAUAUUUGUCUGAGUCACACAAAGAAGUUGAUGUAAACCAAAACUUGUGUUCUAUCUGAUGUCAAUGGUCAGUACAUAUUGUUUUUGCUUAUAUCAUUUGUCAGUUGUGCCACUUGUUGCAGGGCCUCAUUUGCUGAAUUCCUUUGUUGAUGGAACAGGGCAUGGCUACCUUUCACAGCCCAGGUAAUAAGGUAACAUCGACAGGUAUUAUUCCCUCACAUUCAUUGCCUCUGAAAUAUUUCAGGUAGUAUGAGUAAGCUUGAUAACUAACUAUAUCUGCCCUUGUAUUGUCUGGUUAUAGUUCAAGGAAGCUUCUUUGGACAUAUCCCUCAUUCAUGUGUGUACCCUCACCUUUUCCAGUGGGACAGUGGGGACCUAUGUCAUUGAUGGGAGAUAUGUCAUCGGGGAACCCAAAAGGAGCAGACACAAGAAGUGAGGAUCCAAUGUUCACUGCCCUUUUCCAAAAUAUUAGCUUGUGAUGCCCCUGAAGAAAGGAAGCAGCAAACAUGAUGAACCUCUCAGGUAGUCGGAUCUUUCCAUUCAUGCCAAGCAUGACAGGAAGCAAACAUCACUUGCUUUGCAGGCAAGACUUCCAAGUUCUUUGUUCCUGUGCAAGCUGUGAUAUGUCAGACAAGCGGAUGUAAAGUAAUCAGUAUCAUCUUUAGCCGAAGGCAUUCAGAUGGGAUGUCAUGCUCCACUUGGCUAGAAAAGAAGAUGGACUUGAUUCAAAGCCUCGAAAAUGGGGGACAAAAGACUUCUUAUCCUCAGGUCUGCAUCACCCUUUUAGCAAAGCAACAAAUUUCAUUGACUUCAAGAGACUUAUCCUCAGAUCUGCAUCACCCUUUUAUCAAAGCAACAAAUUUCAUUGACUUCAAGUGAACCUCUAACUUCAGAGAGUCUGCAUGACCAGCUGAUGUUGCUGGCUUUUUUGCGCAAUAUCCACAACAAACAAAAGGGCUUGUUUUUUUUAUUUUAUUUUAUUUUUCCCGAUAGAAUUUGAUUGUCGAAUGUGUGGAGGGGAUUGGAAGUCAAUCUUGUGAAUAUUGAGUGGGUUUCAUAAA